CGGUAGAUUAUCGAGCUAGAGGAAUAGCUGAUGACCGCAAAACGUGGGCAGCUGAAACACCAACGCUAGCCAGCAAACCGGCUAAUUUCGGGGCAGCUACAGAUUAGCUUCUGGCUAGCUAUCGGAGUAGCUUCUGGAUUAGCUUUCAGGCUAGCUUCUGAAUUAGCCCCUGGCUAUCUUCCACGAUGGAUUUUCAGAUUGAGGUGAAUAGUACUUAUUGUAAUUGGUGAAGCGGGUUGCAGGAAAGCUUUUGCAGGAAAGCUUUUGUAGUUGAGUUCUUGGAUAAUGAAAUAAAUAAAAGAUAUGUGAAGAAAAGGUGUAAAUAUAUAUAUAUACAGGACACGACACGACAACACGGAAAAAUACGUCUGAACUGCUAAGCUACCUUGGUAAGGGGAUGCCACUUUCCCCUUUUACUUUCUCCUUAUUGGAAGGCAUUGUUUGUAUUUUAGUCUACCCUAACAAUAUUAUAUUUAUUAUCAAUUUCCGUUGGAUAUUCACUUUAUUUUGAGAGUAAUAUUCAAUGUGCCCAAAUUAUAAAAAUUCAUCAGCCAAUUCAGAAGGGGAUAGAUAAACUUUGGGGGAGCUUGUUUUUUAAGGUAGCUCGCGGGACCAGAGGCAUUGAUGGAGGAGUCAGGGAUGCAAAUCAAUCCCAGAACAGCAGCAAAGGACCUUGUGAAGAUGCUGGAGGAAACAGGUACACAGUAUCUAUAUCCACAGUAAAAACGAGUCCUAUAUCGACAUAACCUGAAAGGCCGCUCAGCAAGGAACAAGCCACUGCUCCAACACUGCCAUAAAAAAGCCAGACUACGGUUUGCAAUUGCACAUGGGGACAAAGAUCGUACCUUUAGGAGAAAUGUAAUCUGGUCUGAUGAACCAAAAAUAGAACUGUUUGGCCAUAAUGACCAUCAUAUUGUUUGGAGGAAAAAGGGGGAAGUUUGCAAGCCAAAGAACACCAUCCCAACCGUGAAGCACAGGGGUAGCAGCAUCAUGUUGUGGGGGGUGCUUUGCUGCAGGAGGGACUGGUGCACUUCACAAAAAUGGAUGGCAUCAUGAGGGAGGAAAAGUAUGUGGAUAUAUUGAAGCAACAUCUCAAGACAUCAGUCAGGAAGUUAAAGCUUGGUCGCAAAUGUGUCUUCCAAAUGGACAAUGACCCCAAGCAUACUUCCAAAGUUGUGGCAAAAUGGCUUAAGGACAACAAAUUCAAGGUAUUGGAGUGGCCAUCACAAAGCCCUGACCUCAAUCCCAUUGCAAAUUUGUGGGCAGAACUGAAAAAGCUUGUGUGAGCAAGGAGGCCUACAAACCUGACUCAGUUACACCAGCUCUGUCAGGAGGAAUGGGCCAGAAUUCACCCAACUUAUUGUGGGAAGCUUGUGGAAGGCUACCCGAAACGUUUGACCAAAAUUAAACAAUUUAAAGGCAAUGCUACCAAAUACUAAUUGAGUGUAUGUAAACUUCUGACCCACUGGGAAUGUGAUGAAAUAAAUUAAAGCUGAAAUAAAUCAUUCUCUCUACUAUUAUUCUGACAUUUCACAUUCUUAAAAUAAAGUGGUGAUCCUAACUGACCUAAGACAGGGAAUUUUUACUUGGAUUAAAUGUCAGGAAUUGUGAAAAACUGAGUUUAAAUGUAUUUGGCUAAGGUGUAUGUAAACUUCUGACUUCAACUGUAGACAGGUGUGUACCUUUCUAAAUCAUGUCCAAUCAAUUGAAUUUACCACAGGUGGACUCCAAUCAAGUUGUAGAAACAUCAAGGAUGAUCAAUGGCAACAGGAUGCACCUGAGCUCAAUUUUGUGUCUCAUAGCAAACGAUCUGAGUACUUAUGUAAAUUAUUUUUUAUAAAUUAGCAAAAAAUUCUAAAAACCUGUUUUCUUUUUGUCACUAUGGGUAUUGUGUGUAGAUUGCUGAGGAUUUGUUUUAUUUAAUCCAUUUUAGAAUAAGGCUGUAACGUAACAAAAUGUUCAAAAGGUCAAUGGGUCUGAAUACUUUCUGAAUGCACUGUAUAUAUUAUAUAUUUGUAUUUAAUUGUAGGGAAUCCAAUUCCUACUUGCAGGCCUGCUAAUAUGCUGUUCCAAUAGUAUUUUUCAAGUCAUUGUAGGUAAACCCAUCCCUACCCAUCAGUUCUACCAAAUUUCUAUUAACAUGUUCCAUGUGCAACCAGAGGGAAAAAAAUUCUAGAUCACCUGUACUCCACACACAGAGACGCGUACAAAAUUCUCCCUCGCCCUCCAUUUGGUAAAUCCGACCACAACUCUAUCCUCGCGAUUCCUGCGCCAAGCAAAAAAUUAAAGCAGGAAGCACCCUGUUAAUAAAAAAGUGGUCAGAUGAAGCAGAUGCUAAACUACAGGACUGUUUUGCAGUCACAGACUGGAACAUGUUCCGGGAUUCUUCCGAUGGCAUUGAGGAGUGCACCACAUCAGUCACUGGCUUUAUCAAUAAGUGCAUCGAGGACGUCGUCCCCACAGUGACUGUACAUACAUACCACAACCAGAAGCCAUGGAUUACAGGCAACAUUCGCACUGAGCUAAAGGGCAGAGCUGCCUCUUUCAAGGUGCGGGACUCUAUCCCGGAAGCUUACAAGAAAUCCUGCUAUGCCCUGCGACGAACCAUCAAACAGGCAAAGCGUCAAUACAGGGCUAAGAUUGAAUCAUACUACACCGGCUCCGACGCUCGUCUUAUGUGGCAGGGCUUGCAAACUAUUACAGACUACAAAGGGAAGCACAGCCGCGAGCUGCCCAGUGACACGAGCCUACCAGACAAGCUAAAUCACUUUUAUGCUCGCUUUGAGGCAAGCAACACUGAGGCAUGCAUGAGAGCAUCAGCUGUUCCGGACGACUGUGUGAUCACGCUCUCUGUAGCCGACGUGAGUAAGACCUUUAAACAGGUCAACAUACACAAGGCUGCGGGGCCAGACGGAUUACCAGGACGUGUGCUCCGGGCAUUUGCUAACCAACUGGCAGGUGUCUUCACUGACAUUUUCAAAAUGUCCCUGAUUGAGUCUGUAAUACUAACAUGUUUCAAGCAGACCACCAUAGUUCCUGUGCCCAAGAACACAAAGGCAACCUGCCUAUGACUACAGACCCGUAGCACUCACGUCCGUAGCCAUGAAGUGCUUUAAAAGGCUGGUAAUGGCUCACAUCAACACCAUUAUCCCAGAAACCCUAGACCCACUCCAAUUUGCAUACCACCCAAACAGAUCCACAGAUGAUGCAAUCUCUAUUGCACUCCACACUGCCCUUUCCCACCUGGACUAAAGGAACACUUAUGUGAGAAUGCUAUUCAUUGACCACAGCUCAGCGUUAAAAACCAUAGUACCCUCAAAGGUCAUUACUAAGUUAAGGAUCCUGGGACUAAACACCUCCCUCUGCAACUGGAUCCUGGACUUCCUGACGGGUCACCCCAAGGUGGUGAGGGUAGGUAGCAACACAUCUGCCAUGCUGAUCCUCAACACUGGAGCCCCCCAGGGGUGCGUGCUCAGUCCCCUCCUGUACUCCCUAAUCACACACGACUGCAUGGUCAGGCACGACUCCAACACCAUCAUUAAGUUUGCAGACGACACAACAGUGGUAGGCCUGAUCACCGACAACGACGAGAACACCUAUAGGGAGGAGGUCAGAGACCUGGCCAGGUGGUGCCAGAAUAACAACCUAUCCCUCAACGUAACCAAGAAUAAGGAGAAUAUUGUGGACUACAGGAAAAGGAGGACAGAGUACGCCCCCAUUCUCAUCGACGGGGCUGUAGUGGAGCAGGUUGAGAGCUUCAAGUUCCUUGGUGUCCACAUCACCAACAAACUAGAAUGGUCCAAACACACCAAGACAGUUGUGAAGAGGGCACGACAAAGCCCAUUUCCCCUCAGGAAACUAAAAAGAUUUGGCAGGGGUCCUGAGAUCCUCAAAAAGUUCUACAGCUGCAACAUCGAGAGCAUCCUGACUGGUUGCAUCACUGCCUGGUACGGCAAUUGCUUGGCCUCCGACCGCAAGGCACUACAGAGGGUAGUGCGUACGGCCCAGUACAUCACUGGGGCUAAGCUGCCUGCCACCCAGGACCUCUACACCAGGCGGUGUCAGAGGAAGGCCCUAAAAAUUGUCAAAGACCCCAGCCUUAGACUGUUUUCUCUACUACUGCAUGAUGGCAAGCGAUACCGGAGUGCCAAGUCUAGGACAAAAAGGCUUCUCAACAGUUUUACCCCCAGGCCAUAAGACUCCUGAACAGGUAAUCAAAUGGCUACCCGGACUAUUUGCAUUGUGUGUCCCCCCCCCCCCCCAGAUAUGCACAGUCACUUUAACUAUACAUUCAUGUACAUAUGUACAUACUACCUCAAUUGGCCCGACCAACCAGCUCCCGCCGGCUAACCGGGCUAUCUGUAUUGUGUCCCGCCACCCGCCACCAACCACCCGCCAAUCCCUCUUUACGCUACUGCUACUCUCUGUUCAUCAUAUAUGCAUAGUCACUUUAACCAUAUCUACAUGUACAUACUACCUAAAUCAGCCUGACUAACCGGUGUCUGUAUAUAGCCUCUUUACUGUAUAUAGCCUCUCUAAUGUAUAUAGCCUCGCUACUGUAUAUAGCCUCUCUACUGUAUAUAGCCUCGCUACUGUAUAUAGCCUCUCUACUGUAUAUAGCCUCUCUACUGUAUAUAGCCUCUCUACUGUAUAUAGCCUCGCUACUGUAUAUAGCCUCGCUACUGUAUAUAGCCUCUCUACUGUAUAUAGCCUCUACUGUAUAUAGCCUCGCUACUGUAUAUAGCCUCGCUACUGUAUAUAGCCUCGCUACUGUAUAUAGCCUCUCUACUGUAUAUAGCCUCUCUACUGUAUAUAGCCUCGCUACUGUAUAUAGCCUCGCUACUGUAUAUAGCCUCUCUACUGUAUAUAGCCUCUCUACUGUAUAUAGCCUCUCUACUGUAUAUAGCCUCGCUACUGUAUAUAGCCUCGCUACUGUAUAUAGUUUCGCUACUGUAUAUAGCCUCGCUACUGUAUAUAGCCUCUCUACUGUAUAUAGCCUCUCUACUGUAUAUAGCCUCUCUACUGUAUAUAGCCUCGCUACUGUUAUUCACUACCUUUUUAUGGUUGUUUUUAUUUUUUUACUUAGAAACAACAGUUCCAGAACACAAAUGGCCUUGUGUUAGGGUGCAAACAUAACAGGAGUCUAUAAACAUAACAUCACAGUCCAACACAGAACAGAGCAUAACCCUUGAGAAGUUACAACAGCUCACCCCAAUUCUGCCACAACAAAGUCCUAAUAGACAAGGAAACAACACAAUACAAAUAAAUAUGAAUGUAUCCAUUCCCUCAGGUGCCGGCAGAUAUAGGGCAUACCAAAUAAGGAAAAACUACCGGUAUGUACAGUGCAAGUACUGUAAGGUGUACUUUUCUCAGAGAUGGGUCAAUGCCGUAAGUUCCAAUGGCAAUUAAAUGUAUUCUGAGUGAGUUUAAAUAGUGUGAAUAAUGUUGUGUAGUCUAUAGUUUUGCUUACAGAUGCUGGUGUGUCGAUGCUGGUGUGUUGGGCAGCAUGGAGGCCCUCUGUCAUCAGACAGGUGAGGCUGUAGAAGUCAUGUUCCUGGUUGAUCUCAAACAGUCCUAGCAUCCUCCUGUACCUCCUCAGACCCCACCAAUGCCUCCACCUGGCUGUCCCAGAGUGAGGCAGACCCUUCCUCUCCAUCUGACACACACACACAAACUCAACUCACAGUCACCACAAAGGAAACACAUAAACCAAGCCACAGCAAACACAGGUGGAUCUACACUCAGUGUAAAAAACUUUAUGAACACCUGCUCUUUCCAUGACAGACUGACCAGGUGAAGGCUAUGAUCCCUUAUUGAUGUCACUUGUUAAAUCCACUUCAAAUCAGUGUAUAUGAAGGGGAGGAGACGGGGUGAAGAAGGAUUUUUAAGUGUUGAGACAGUUGACACAUGGAUUGUGUAUGUGUGCCUUUCAGAGGGUGAAUGGGCAAGACAACAUAUUUAAGUGCCUUUGAAUGGUGUACGGAAGUAGGUGCCAGGCGCAGCGGGUUGAGUGUGUUCAGAACUGCAACGAUGCUGGGUUUUUCCACAAUCAACAGUUUCUUGUGUGUAUCAAGAAUGGUCCACCACCCAAAGGACAUCCAGCCAACUUGACACAACUGUGGGAAGCAUUGCAGUCAACAUGGGCCAGCAUCCAUGUGGAACACUUGACACCUUCUCCAAGCCCCAAUGAAUUGAGGCUGUUCUGAGGCCAAAGGUGGUUGAAACUCAAUAUUAGGAAGGUGUUCCUAAUGUUUUCUACACUCAGUGUAUAUUGAAUAGCUCAAAUUCAAGUUAGAGGGGUUAUUUUAUUUGAAUAAAUUGGAAAUAUAUCUUGUCUUUUAGGUAUAACAUGGACACAGUUAUAUUCAUUACGCUCAGACAUUGCUAACUGUUGUAACUGACAUUAACGCUGAUAACCACCCACUAGGCAGAAACUGGUUGAAUCAACGUUAUUUACAGAUAAUUUCAACCAAAAAUAUUUUAUGACAUUGAGUCAACAUGGAAAACUUAUAGGAUUUGCAAAAAAAUCAUCAACGCAAUGGAAUUAUGUCUUCUUUCACCUAUCUUUCAACCUAAAUCAAAAUAUUUAGUUGAUUUCACUUUGAAUUCCCGUUAAUUGACAACUCAAGCAAAUGUAAAUCAAAAAUAGAUGUUGAACUGAUGUCUGUGCUCAGUGUUCUGAUGUUGUCUUAUCUUUUGAUGCCUUCCUGUACAAGGGAUAUAACUGAAUUCAGUGAAAAUCAUUGGAGAUGUAUUUAAAGUCUAUUCAUAAUUUUCAUAUAAACCAAAAUAAGCACAUUUUCGUGACAAUGGUCGAUCUUCUUUUACCUAUUUUUCCAGUCCAGAGAAGUGAUGCAAGAUUCUACACCUGCAGUGCAGAGGCUCAAAAGGUGUGUGCAGUGAUGUGCUCUGGUUAAAUAAAAAGUAAAUCAAAAAAUUAAGUGAGGGCAUCAACUUACCUCCCAUUGUAGUGACUUAUAUAGGGGACUGACAACUUGGUUUGAACCUGUUGUUUCAGGGCAUGAGGGCAAGCACACUACCUUAUGAACCUCUACAAAAACAAAGCUGAAUAAACAAAGAACCCACUCAUCGUUUCAACGUCAUUUGUCAACCUAUUAUGACGUGGAAUCUACAUGGAAAACACAUUUGAAUUUGCAAAAAGUCAUCAAUCAGUACUGUUUCAUCUAAAUUCAACCAGUGUUGUAAAUAUUCCAAUUAGGGUAAAACUUCAAUGAGUUAGCUAGCUAGGACGCUUUAGGAUUGGCACAAGACGAGCAGUGCACCAGGCCCAUGUCGUUAAACCAUCAAGCAAUCCGUCUGUUAACUGAUAAUCACUGAGCUCAUGCCCUCUAUAUGAAAUACCCAUGACCAACAGUAGCCAAUAGGAUUACACACAAAUGUGCGCACACACACACACAGGGUGAGCACAGAGGUGCAAUGAUUGUACAAUCAAUACACUCACUACCUCCCUUUGCUGUGCUGAGUCCCUUCGGCACCAUAAGAGUAGAAAGUAGUCCUAUGCUAAACAUAACACCAUAGUUACAAAAGCCAUGUCAUGACCUAUACUGUGCUAGAGCAAUAAACUCAACAAAACAAUUCAGUUUUAACUGUCACUAUCCAUACGUGUAACUUGGCAGGUAUUUAGUUCUCUGAACACAUCGAGGAUGAGGACUUUUUUGUUGUUGAGUUUACACACCUCAGACCCUCCUGGAUUGGAAUUUCUACCAUCCCCAGUCCCUGCAGAGCAGUGGCAAUCUUACUGUGCAGGUCCUCUAGGCAGCGCAUCGCUAGCUUGCCUUGUUCUGGACCUGAUCACAACAGGCUCUGUGUAGCUUGCCUGGUUCUGGAUCUGAUCACACAGGCUCUUGUGUAGUUUGCCUGGUUCUGGACCUGAUCACACAGGCUCUGUGUAGCUUGCCUGGUUCUGGACCUGAUCACACAGGCUCUGUGUAGCUUGCCUGGUUCUGGACCUGAUCACACAGGCUCUGUGUAGCUUGCCUGGUUCUGGACCUGAUCACACAGGCUCUGUGUAGCUUGCCUGGUUCUGGACCUAAUCACACAGGCUCUCCAGCCACAGACCCAUUAUGGCCAUCUGAGGAAUGCCAGAUGUUGUCGUUGCUGUAGUGGUCAGCAAUGUGGUCGAUGUUCUGGGCGGUCUGGUCGAUGGCGGUCUGUUUGAGGGCGUUGUGGUUGACCGUGUCGUCUGCGUUCUGGUUGACAGCGGUGUGGUCGUUGGCACUAUAGGCGGUGGCGGUCUGGACAGCCUGAUCAAAGGUGGUCUGGGCAUUCUGGUCAGUGGCGGUCUAGGCAUUCUGGUCAGUCUGGGCAGUCUGGUGGUGGUCAGUCUGGUCAGUCUGGUGGUGGGCAGUCUGGGCAGUCUGGGCAGUCUGGUGGUGGUGAGUCUGGGCAGUCUGGUGGUGGGCAGUCUGGGCAGUCUGGGCAGUCUGGUGGUGGUGAGUCUGGGCAGUCUGGUGGUGGGCAGUCUGGUCAUUCUCGUCAGUCUGGUCAGUCUGGUCGUUCUGGUCGGUCUGGUCAGUCUGGUCAGUCUGGUCAGUCUGGGCGGUCUGGUCAGUCUGGGCGGUCUAGUCAGUCUGGGCGGUCUGGUCAUUCUGGGCGGUCUGGUCAGUCUGGUCAGUCUGGUCAUUCUGGGCGGUCUGGUCAUUCUGGUCAUUCUGGGCGGUCUGGUCAGUCUGGUCAUUCUGGGCGGUCUGGUCAGUCUGCAUGCAGCCUCAGUGUGCUCAUUGUCUAUGUAACUAGAUGGACUGGCUAGUAAGCGGACUGGAAAAAAUUUUAGUUUUUAGCUUGCUAUGCUAGCAUCACAGAGCACUUGCUAAAUUAGCUUGCUAGCUAACAACGAUUCAUCCCUGAACAAUGACUCCUACUGGUAUGAGGGGUAAUGCACUUCAGUGAGAACAAGUUUACCAUCCAGAUGCAUGUCUGGGUAACGUUACCCUGCUUAACUUUGAAAAUAAGCUGUGUUGGUUUCAGCUGAGCAUUAAUGUAAACACCUUUAGACAUUGAUCAGCUUCCAAACUCAUUUGCGUAGACUACCUAAAUAACAUUGAAUAGUUGAUGGCAUGAUGUUGAAACAAUGACGUUGAUUCAAAAAUACCAUUUUACUAUCAACAUUGAAACAACAAUGAAAUUCAACAUAAUUUCAACCAUCCAAUAUACAGUAUAUUGAAUAUAGGAUGAAAAAUAUGCUUUUUAAUGCAAUUUCAACAUAUACAUAGUUCUAAUGAUUAUUUUGAAAUUAGAUUUAUGUAACAACCUUUUAGUCAGAUUUAUUGAAUUUAAAUUGACAUUUGACCCUAAUUUCAAUGUUUACAACGCUGGUUGAAAUGAGAUUUAAAAAAACAAAAACACAUGUGCUCAAUGGAAAGUCUGUCUUCUGCACUAUUAUUUUCACAAUCCAUUUGAAAUUUGUUGAAUAGUUUUAAUCUAUCCAGUCCCUGUCCCAGCUGUGUUUUCAAUACCCCCCCAUACACUAGCCUACUCUGUCUGGCUUUGCCUCUCUCCAUCCAGCUGAAAAGUGUAAUGCUGCAACAACUGCUCAUUAUAUGGGGGAAUCAUUCAAUGUAUGAUUCUAUGUAUGAGGGUCGAUGUAAUACAUCAUACAGAAGUAGUCUAAAACAAAUUGUGUGCAUGGGUUUGUGUGUGUGGUGUCAUUGGUCAUUUAUGUGGUCUGGGAGCAGAGUGAGCUUUGUGAACCGCCUGGAAUGCGUCAGCAGUUGGGCUCUAAUGAGUUUAUCAGUGGCAUUGUGCUGCUACAUUACAAAUGGCUGCCUUAAUGAACCUUCCUAAACAGACAACUUGCUCGAGGUCUACACUUCAACAUUGUCAAGAUGAGGUUUCAAAUGGUUCUCUUGACUUUAUCCAUCUGCUUUGGUGCCGUUUCAUCGUCUCCCUCCAUGUCCAACCCUCCGCCCUCGGACUUGAAGAGAAAGACAGGCUGUUUAAAAAUGAGUAACUGUAGAUGUAUCAUGAAGGAUGGCUCAGGGGUGAUAAACCUGGUAGCCAUGGCGGAUUCAGACGGAUUCUUGGGACACCUAAAGCCUGUGCCCUCGGGGAACGCACCACCAAAUGCAGAAAUCCUCCUCUCCUUCAGCCCCUGUCAACCGUUCUCUGAGCCAGAGGACCUCGCAGGGACAGACUGCACAGAUGUGGCUGCCUGUUUGACAGUCAGGUAUGUACUUUUUUGUUAAAAUCUUAAUAGCUAAAAAAAAAAAAACACUAGUAGUGGCAGUCUUUUGUUUUGGACAAUAUUACAUUCUGCGAAGCAUCGAUAUAGCCCUAAGUAUUUACAAAGGAUCCCAAAGAUUAAUCAAAUGAUUCAUUUACUGAGCAGGUUUUACAGAAAUAACAGAUACAUCAGUCAUUACAUAAACUAUGGGAGACAUGAGGGCAACGAAUUCCAUUACAACAACAGCUUGCAGACACUGUCUGUUUCAUAUUCUGGUAAGCAGAAGUGUAAAUCAGAAGCGUCAUUAUUAUUGUGGUCCGUGCGCUCAACAUUGAUAUCACCUUUCCCUUUCUCUAGUCCUAGAGUACACCCAACCCCUGACAGUAGUACACUACCGUUGUAGUCCCAACAGAUCCACUUCUUUCGCCCUACACUUUAAUGGAGACAUUCCCCUGCAAAUCUGGGUGGAGAGUCCCUGUGCAUGUCCAAACGCCUGUGCCCUGGGGGACGUGGGUCCUGGCACCAUCUUCCUCAUCAUCCUCUCCCUCAGCGCCACUGCCUACUUUAUCCUGGGGUCCUGUGCUUUGCGGCCAUUCAGGGCAGGCAGUGGAGUGCAGAUCGCUCCAGAGGAAAGUCUGUGGUGCAUGCUCUGUUACAUGUUCACUGAACGCAGAGGGGGUAGGAGGAGAAGAUACAUCUCCCUGCAAGAGGAAACCCUGUGAAGCAUGGGAUAUCGGAUAAAUGGGGAAUGAGAAAGUGGAAGAUGACACAAAGCUACUGCAUAUGAAAUGACGCUGAGGGAAACUUGGGCUUGAGAUCGAUUAUAUUUCCAAUGAUUUGACUGAUAUAGAAAAUCAUGUCUCCUGCAUGUAUAUGUUAAUGAGUGGGGUUAAUAGCAGUGGGAUAGCAUUGAACCACAUAACUAACGACCAGACUAACAUUUUAAACAAAGUUAUUGCUCCAUUUAGUUUAAUAAAGAUUGAAAACAGAAGAAAAAAAAUCAAAUACAUUUUUAUUGUUCAUGAAACAUUUAGGGAGGAUCACAAAAAUAGACUAGAAUUACUGUUAAUUUUAAAAUCUAGUAUACAUGUGCAUUUGUUAAAAUAACAAUUUAAGAUUAAUAAAUGUUUUAACAAGAUUAGACAAAAUGCUAAUUUAUGUGUAGGACACUGGGGUUGUGUGUAUAGCUUAAACCCCUCUUCAAAUAGGAAAUAAGAACAGGAAAAAAAGAAUUAAAUCUAAAGUGCUGUCGCAAUGAACGUCACACAUCACCUGAGACCAUUCAAUGUAAACCCAGCUGUGGUCAAUAUUAGCCCAUGUGAUAACUGAUAUUUUGUACAUAAUGCACAGCAAUAAAUACAGAAUCUCAUUUAAGACAUUCAUAGGCAGACAACUGACAGAUAAUAUGUAUCAGCACAUUGCAAAAUGUUAACUCUGAACAAGUGUAUCAAAGUGUAUUUUUCAACAUGACUGAGAAUGUAAUUCUAUAAAAACAAUAAACAGGGAACCUUCCAAACCUGUAGUGCUUGAAAAAUUCCACUUAAAAAAUCUAACAAACCAGCAAGCUGGUUGGAAAAACAAACAAAUGAUGAAGGAUCCUUCAUAAGAUAAUAAUGUUUGAAGACAUCUGCCAGUGUAAAAGACUGCUGAAUAUGUAUAGUCAAGUCGGACCCCUAGCUUCUUACCCCUUUGGUGUUUGCAGAUCUGAGAGAAUCAGACAGUACCAAAUAGCCAUCUAAUGGGUUUAGAACUUAUAGCAUAUAAAACUUCCCCCAUAUUACUACACCUACCCAGUUCCUUGAGAUCUGUACACACUAAAAAUGACAGGCUAGGACCUACCAGUUUUUUGGGGACAUGAUUGAAGAUCAGAGACUGAUCCCUCAGCAGGCCAUUUCUUCACAAGGAGGCGCCAGAGUACUACAAUCUAAAUGGGAUUGAAACCAGUCAGACCUUUCUGAGAACUUUCCCUCUUCUCCAUCACCAGCUCUCCAAUAGUGACUAGCACUGUCAUCACAGAGAUGAUCUGGUGCUUUGGGUCAUGUAUGAGAAAGAUACAUUCUAAAGUAGCGCAUAUAAUGUGUAUUGUGUAUUUUCUUUACAGUAUUACAUUUGUCCAAUCGUUAUUUCUCAAUAUUUGUGGAAAGGCUGAGGAUAGAGAAAUGCAUGAUGUCACUUCCUGAUCAACAGGACAAGAAAUAUACCAUGGAAACAAAGAUACUGAAACAA